CGUAAUAUUAGUUGCAUAUACAAGUAGUGAUGAGUGAAAGAAUUAUCUGCUCAGAACUCUCAAACAAACAUUUGUACCCUGUUCUGCAGAUUCUGGGUGUGUCUCCUUUAUGUAUGCUAAUUAAAAGACGAAGAACAUGGAUUCAGCUACUCUUCUUGAUUAUGUUUUGUUUCAGCUCACCCCAACAAGAACCAGAUGCGAUCUUGUCAUCUUUUCCGGCAAGAAAAGUGAGAAACUGGCGUCUGGGUUGCUUCAACCCUUCAUUUCUCAUCUCAAAUCCGCUCAAGAUCAGAUUUCCAGAGGAGGCUACUCUAUUACUCUUCGCCCUUCUACUCCACAGUCUUCUUCUUGGUUCACCAAAGCUACUUUGGAAAGGUUUGUAAAGUUUGUAAGUAGUCCAGAAGUUCUUGAGAGAUUUGUUACCAUUGAGAGAGAGAUAGUGCAGAUUGAAAGUUCAGUUCAACCGAAUGAACAGCCAAGCGUGGCAUCUGAGGCAGAAGUUGAAUCCAAUGGAACUGGUGAAACUUCCCAAGGAGAAGAUUCCAAGGUUCGUCUGCAACGCAUUCUGGAAACUCGAAAGGCAGUUCUUAGGAAAGAGCAAGCCAUGGCGUAUGCUCGGGCUCUAGUGUCGGGAUUUGAGGCAGACUGUUUAGAGGACCUUAUAUCUUUCGCCAAUGCUUUUGGAGCUUUACGGUUAAGGGAAGCAUGUGUAAAUUUCUUGGAAUUGUGUACUAAGAAAAGCGACGAUGGAAUGUGGAUGCACGAGGUAGCAGCAAUGCAGGCUUCUGAACUUCCUUAUUUCGGGAAAUCAGGAAUCGUGCUUGCUGGAGAGGAGAAAUUGUAUAAUCAAGAUAUGAUGAUGAACCAGAACGAGUUAGCAUCUAAUUCAUCAGCAAAUCAUGAUAAUGGUUUGGCAUCAACACCUCAAAUGCAGCUACCAAUAUGGCAAAACCAUUUCCCACAGUAUUUGCAGCAUUUUACAGGCCCCGGGUUUCCUCAAACGAUGCCUUUUCCCGGGUAUGUGCUUCCAGGAAUGCAGGUUCCCCCGUCUUACUUUCCUGGAAACGUUCCGUGGCCUCCAAACGUGGAUGAUUGUACUCGAAACAUUCACCGCGAAUCAGAGGACAGUUGGAAGGGCAAGUCGAGUUCCAAAAGCAAGAAGAAAUAUUCAAAUGGAACAAAUCCAAAAGAAGAUCAUGGAAAUGACAAUAGUGAUUUGAGCUCAGGAGGUGAUUCAGAUAACUAUUUGGAGCAUAAAGAGAAGCAUUCCUCUAACAACCGGAAAGGUUCAUCGAAAACGAUUGUUAUUCGCAACAUAAAUUAUGUUACUUCAAGGAGAAAUGAAGAGAAGGACAGCAGUUCUAGUGAUUCUUCUUCCUCUGACGGCUCUGAUUCGAUCAAAAGGCAAAUCGAACAAGCUGUUGGGGCAUUGGAGAGGCCAGAAAAUAGAAAGAAACGAGAUGGAACGAAAAGACAUAGCAGCAAGAACAGAGAGGGCAUUGAAAAUGCAGAUAUGGGAACCUCUCAAGAAGAUACUAAGAAUAAGAAUUGGGGUAUUUUCCAAGACCUUCUUAUGAAGGAACCAAAUUCACCUACUGUAAGGAUUCAAGAAGAGUUCUUUGCAACCGAGAGCUUAGGGGACGACGAUCAGUCAUCUCCAUUUAAUGCUCAAACCGAGGGACUAUCGAAACAGCAUGCUCCUUCAAAUGAUUCUUUUAUUGUGGCUGAAAGAGACAUACAUGUUGAAGACCAAGUUCAUUUGCAAAAUUUUGCAGCAGGAGAAACAACUUACCUAGUUAGUAGACAAGGCAAUACGGGUGAGGAAUUGGUAUUUGCAAAUAGAACCCGAGAAAUGGAUAGUUACUCCCGUGCAAUGUUGCCAAUUGGUGCCACUGAUACAAUGAUCAUUAGAAGCCAAAAAGAGGAAGAUUGGUUUAAGUGCAACCAACCCGACCUAUCAUCAAAUCGGGGAUUCAAGGUAGACAACAGUAUCUUUGUUGGUGAUAAUACAGCUGAGGAAAACAAAAAAGAUGUGCUCGCUGAUGAUUCUUUUAUAGUACAAACCAAUUCAGUUGGUAAAACAUCUGACUAUCAACCAACAGCUGACAUCUUCAUGGUUUCAGACAUCAUUGGAGCUAAUCAACCUAAAUUAGAGUCUGUCAAAAGUAAGGUUGAAGCCACAGAUGUAAACGAACCGGAUGAUCUUUGCAUGGUGCUCGAGCGAGAUGCAGCUAUUGAUCGAGUUGAUGCCCCAUGGAAUCCAGAAAUGGAUUACGGAAAUGAUAAAAGGUGCCCUGAUGUUAGUCAAACCAAUUCUGUGAGUUUGAAGCUGCCCCAAAAUGAUAAAGCUCCCAAUACAAGAGACAGGACUCCAGGAGGAAAAGGAGUUAGAAAAGAAACAAGUUCUAGAAAUUCAAUGGGGAGUCUUGCAAGGAGCAAAUCCGAGAUCACGUCAAGGAUCAAAAAAUCAACUUCUGUUAAGAGCAAAUCUGUUAAGGAAGAAGAAAGCAGAAAGAAAAUGGAGGAACUAGCAUUGCAGCGUCAAAGGAGGAUCGCAGAGAGAAGUGCUGGAACUGUUUCUAAUAGACCAACCUCAAAUAAAACCAUGAAAGAUAGCAAAAGAUCCAUGGCCACCCCUGUGAAAGUUGAGAAACCGAAGUAUCAAGCCUCAACUGGAGAAGCAGAGAAAUUGCGUAAACCAAUUUGUAGGAGCUCUACCAUAGAUCGCCUUGCAACUGCACGAAUAACUCACAUGCCAUCUAAAGAGCCAAGUAGGAAAACAAUUACGAGGGAAAAUGGGGUAGUAGCUGGCAUUGAGAAGAAAACAAAUCAUCAAAAGGUCAAGCCUUCAGAUAAAAGUUCUAUGAAUAAGUCUAAAGAAGUUGAUGAUUUCAGAGACAUCAAGGAGCUUCAGACAAUAUCUUCAGUUGAGAAGAUUGAAAAUCAUAUGAUUUCAUCUAGUCAUACUUUCGUUAACGAAGAAUGUGAUCAGAUGUCAAAUGGCAGAUUCUCAAUGCCUAACGAAGAUCAAUCUGUCCAACCACAGGACUUGAAAGUGAGCGAUGCGAUACAAUCUGUAGCAUCUGCAUUCGAAGAUGUAACAUCUGAUGAUAUUGCUUCGAUUAAAAUGAAGACUGACCCCUCACCUUGUAAUGCUCUUACCUCUUCUGAUUCCACAAUGUACGAGAACAGUGCAGCAAGUGAUGAAGUGAAGGUAGAAACACAUCACUCGAGGAAGAAAUGGAUCACUGCUGGCGACUCUCCUCAAGUAACCAAGGGUAUUAGAAAGUUGCUAUUGUUUGGUAGGAAAAUAUGAGCCUUCCACUUCUAAUACAAUACAGCAUUGGUUCGUUUUGUGCCAAUAACAGAACAGGCUUGCACAAAUGAGGUCAAAGUUAAAAAGUAUGGUGAGUAAUAAGCUUUUCGAUAUUGUUGCAGUAAUGAAUAUUGUUUUAUGAUUUAUCAGACUCUUCUGGUGUUUGUAUAUAAUCAUCCUUCUCGAGCCCUCAUUGUCCAUCUUUUAUUUUUAUUUAUUUUCCUUUAUUUGCUGCUGUAUAUUCAUGUCCUUUACGGCUUUACAAUCAUAUCUAUUCAGAGAUGAUCAUUGGCAAUCAUUGUUUGCCUUAGCUGUAUUUCAUUAGAUAUGGUGAAUCUUUCACAGUUAGUGUACUGUUAAUGUAAUUCCAUGAAUUUCUGAAUAAAUGUUCCAGACAUAAUUACAAUCUUUUAUUUUGAAGUAUUAUUAUUAUUGACUAAUAAAAGAAUUUCUUUCUUGUCUGUGUUGAGAGGAACAAGAAACUGAACAAAGUAAAGACUAAAGACUGCUUUAGUUGAGAGUUCUAUUCUAGCUAUCACCUCAUCCACUUAGUAAGUGGUUGUUGAUCUUUUGCAUUCUGCCUUUUGAGAUCCUCAAAUCUGGCAGCUAAACGAUCGUAGUCUGGAAGCUUAGGAUGGACAUGAGUGACGACACGAUUCUUCUGAUCUUCAUCAAUUAUAUGAGAAUCUUGAACCUCUUCAUUUCUCUCUUCGCGAGCAUAACUAUCAUCCUUAUUGAACAUAUGACUGUGUCUUUGAUCUAUUAUUUUGUCAGGGUAACGCUUAGAGCUCGAAUGCUGUCCAGAGCAGCUACAUGGAUCUUCCACGUGAUGCACUACUUCUGCCCUUUCAUCAGGUACAAUUCCCUUCCCUUGAAUGGAAACCGAAGCAUUAUUUGAACUAAUCUUGAUUGAUAAUGGAUCUAUAUUGUUGUUCCCCCUAGAGGAUGGGUAAAAAUCUUUCUCAGCUGCACUUUUAGAACUUGUCAAAGUAGUGUUUGAUCUAAUCUUUUGCAGAAUACCCUGCAGCUUCAAAGUCCUUGAAUAACUUUUGUGUUUCCUCUCAUUCUUGCUCAAGCCCCCCUCAGGUUCUUCAUCCUUUUUCUUCAGCUCACAUGAUGCAAUGUAAUUUUUGCGUGCAAGUAACUGGAACAAGAUAACAAGUAACACAAUAAGAUAAACCAAAAAAAAUAAAUCUCAUAGAAAAUGGGUAGAAUGAAGAAACCUGUGUACCUUAAGUUGAGGUCCCAAAGUAAUUGAAUACUCAUUAGCUAUUUCAUCUGUUAGUUGGAGCUUGAUAUCUUCCAUUGCCGGCUUCCUGGUUAGGUUGUGCUUAGUUUGAGAGUUUACUGUGUUCCCAGGUAGCAGCUGAACGUUGGUUCUCUCGAACGAUUUCCCAAAAUGAUGUUUGAACAAAUCUCUGAGUGAUUGUAGCUCAGUAAGGGAAGAGUGCAAAGCAUAUAUAUAUACCUGUGCAUGCUGAAGCCAGAUAGGUUUGUCAAGAUGCAGUCACAGAACUGAAGAAGCUGAUUAUAUGCAGCCAGCCUGCACUGGUCACUAUGAAGCUGCUCGACCUGCGACCAUUGAAGCUAACUUGUUUAAUUUACGCGAUCUGUAAGGCGAAUGGCAGUCCAGAAAUAGCUGUAAACAAUAAAA